GCUUGAGGGCAUCUUAGAAAACAGGCCCUAUAUAAUAAUUACAAGUGAUUGUUUGAUCUACAACUUUUUUUAAAGAAUUCCGUCAAUAUUCACAACUGAAAAACCUUACAAAAAUUCCACUGCCAAACAAAAAGAAAAUGAGUGGCAGAGAGUCAAAUGAGCUGAGGAUUAUUCUGGUGGGUAAAACUGGAUCAGGAAAGAGUGCAACAGGAAACACCAUUCUGGGCAGUGAGUAUUUUAAGAAAGCUAACUCACCAAAUUCAGCCACGAAGACAUGUGAGGAACACAGAGCAAAUGUGGCUGGAAAGCUUAUCUCAAUAAUUGACACUCCAGGACUGUAUGAUACAAACAUGUCCGGAGAAAAGCUGAAGGCAGAAAUCUCAAAGUGUAUAGAAAUGUCCGUUCCUGGUCCUCACGCCUUUCUGCUGGUGCUCAGGCUGGAUGUCAGAUACACAGAGGAGGAGAAGAACGUGGUGAGAUGGAUUCAGGAAAACUUUGGUGAAGAUGCCACACGUUACACCAUCAUUCUGUUUACUCAUGCAGAUGCACUUAAUGUAAAACUAGACGAGUAUAUUGGACAAAGUAAUGAUCUACAAUCAUUGAUCAACAGCUGUGGUCGCAGAUAUCACUCACUGAACAAUAAUGCCACAAACAAUCACUCGCCGGUUACAGAUCUGCUGGAGAAGAUUGAUAAAAUGGUAAGGGAAAAUGGAGGACAAAAUUACACCAAUGAGAUGUACGAGCGCGCCCAGCGUAGGAUACAAGAAGAGAAAAGAAAGAGAGAGGAAGAGAAGAGGAGAGCAGAGGAAGAAAAGAAGAGAAAAAUCAAAGAAGAAAUUGAAAGGAAACUGAGAGAAGAACAGCAGAUAAAAGAGGAGAGGAGAAAGAGAGAGGAAGAUAUAAGAAAACGUAAAGAAGAAACUGAGAGGAAACAGAGAGAAGAACAGUGGAUAAAAGAGGAGAACAAAAAGAGAGAAGAAGAUAUGAGAAAAUGGAAAGAAGAAACUGAGAGGAAACUAAGAGAAGAACAGAGAAUAAAAGAGGAGAUGAGAAGGGGAGAGGAAGAUAUAAGAAAACGGAAAGAAGAAACUGAGAGGAAACAGAGAGAAGAACAGCAAAUAAAAGAGGAGAACAGAAUGAGAGAGGAAACUGAAGAACAGAUAAGGAUAUCAGAACGCAGGAGAAUAGAGACAACAAUAAGGAAUAGAGUCUUAGGAGUGGGAGCAGGAGUGGGUUCAGCUGGAGCAGUUGCUGGUGGUAUAUUGCUUGGAGUAACAACAGCGGUGGCUGCACCUGUAGCAGGUGUUCUGGGUGGAUCAGCUCUGCUACUCGGAUGUGCAAGAGUUGAAGAAGACGAUACGCCACUACCUCCAUCUGCCGAGUCCUACCAGCCCAGUUCUUCAAACUCAUCAACCCCCAAGGUGGCUAGUCAGGCGCUGGUGGCGCCGGUUGCCUCUUACUCCCUGGCGGCAGAUCCAGUGCGCUCUCCCGGUCAGACUGACACAGGUUGA